GGAGGAGGACGGGAGGAUCGCGCUUCUGCCAGCUGCUGCCUGGAUUCCCUCUGCACCUCAAGAGGGAUGACCACUGUCCAGGCCGCUGGCUGCAGGAUUCCGGUGGAACAGUCUCAUGGCGAGCCAGCCUUCGCCCAGAAGGUCAUUGGCCAGCCCGAGGGGCCCACAGGCCCCUCUGCAGGAGGGGAAGUCAAGAGCUCUGUUCCAGGCUGAAGUGCUCCACCACGUCUUGGGGAGUGGCCACCAGGUACCCCGACCUAGCUUGGCGUUGGGAUCCCCAGGGACCCAAAAAUCUGCGUUAUUGAAAGGGCCCCCACCCCAGUCAGGUGUGAGCUUCACCCUAGGGAGGCUGAGAGGAAGCCAGACCCCCCGCCAGGAGCAGUCAGCCUCAGUGGUGGCCCUGCAGUGCUUCACCUGUCGUGAGCCCAGCAGCCUGUCCAGCUGUGUCACCAUCACCACCUGCAAUGCCAAUGAAACCAUGUGCCAGAUCACAGUCUACUCCCUGGAGACAGUGUAUUCGUUCCUAGGGGACACCACAGUGACCAUGUCCUGUGCCAGCAAGUGCGUGCCCUGGGAUGCGGACAGCUUCGGCCGGGUGCGGCCCGUGUUGUGCUGUGACACUGAUCUAUGCAAUGUGGAUGGGGCACCCAGCCUGGGCAGUCCCCACGGCCUGGCCCUCACCCUUGCCCUCAUCUCCCUCCUGAGCCUCCAACUCUAGAACCCCCCACCCCACCCCAUGUAGCCCCCUCCAGCCCUGAAUGCCCUUGAAGAAACUGGCCCACUUGCACCAGGCCUCCUGGUCUCCUUUCUGGGCUUGCGCCUGUCCACUGGGGUGGAAGGGGCCUCUACUUGCGUCUCUGGUGCUGUCACCGUAGGCCUGUGUCCUGUCAGCCCCUCCAUGUCCCCUUCUGCCCAGUCUCCUGGGCCCUGUGCAGCUGUCUCUCCUCACGCCUAUCACUGUCCCUGUCUGUCUCCCCCCGUUUCCCUGUGGUGAGGACAGUCACUGGGCCUGGGACACCCACACAGACCAGGCAGCACUCUGCAUUCCAUCCCUCAGAGGCUGGAGACCUGAUGGGUGGGGCAAGAAAUGGGACCCCAUGUGCAGAGGGAGCACCCCCCUACCAGGGCCAGGUCAUGGGUGGCUUCUCAGGGGAGGGGACAUUAGGGCAGGGCCUUGAUGGCAGAGAUUCAUUAGGCAGAGGGGGAUGUGCCAGGACAGGCAGAAGGGCAGUCCGGGCAGGCCAAGGGGGACCCAGGAUCUGGGCUGGCACCAUGAAGUACCCCUGCUGUCACCUGGCGCCUAGGCCUUACCCUGUGGUCAUGCUUGUGGUGAUAUAGGCCCCUUGUGUCAUGUGGCAGAGGGUGCUGAGAGGCUGACGGGACGUCCGUGAGCAUCCACUACCUGCCUUCUCCAGGCUGAAGUCCACGUGGGCCCUGCUCCAAGUGCCCAGGGAAACCCAAGCUCCAGUGCAGAGGGGACCUUCACCUUGGACUUGGGCCAGCACCAAACCCUCCAGACCAUUUUCCCAGUCACCUGUCCAACCUGUCCCUUGUCCCCAGGGGGCUGUCUGGGCCUGUGUCUGGGCUGACUCGGCAUACAUGUGCACAUAUAUACAUGGUCCUAUAAGGGACUAGAAACACAGCAAGGGACCCAGCCCUCCUACCCAGCGCUGACCCCUCCCAGGGCUGCCUGAGGGAAAGCCAGGAGGGGAGGGCAGGAGACAGGCCCCAGCUUGACCACACAUUACUUGGCAGGGGCCUUUGUCCACUCUGAGACCGGCCCUCUGCUACACCCUGUUCUGGCAACUUCUCUGGGCCCCUAGGAGAGUUGGCUUUCUGGGUCCUGGGAGGGGCACCCCCCAUUUCCAGCCAUGGUGAGCCAGGGCUGGGUAGCCUUUUACAUAGCAGGGUCCCCCCAGCCCACAGCUCUGAGUCCAGAGAGCCCACUUCCUGUCAGUUAUCACCCCCUUUAUGGAUUUCCUGCUCCUUGACAAGGAGGGGCAGCCGCCAGGACCUGAAGCAGGUCUCUCCUGGGGCGAGGGAUUCAUGGCCGGGCACCACUGAUGCCCCCUGCCAGUGGGAGGAGACUGGUGGCCUAGCAGGCCCCUUAUCACUGGGAACCCCGCAACCUGCGGGCAAGACCUGCAGUCUGAAGGGUUCUGUGGCCCUGAGCCAACUCCCAAGGAGGGCCGGACCUUCACAGCCCAGUGACCUCCACCGCCAGCCCGAGUACACCCAUGUGUCCAGCAGACUGACAGCACAUCAUGGCCACCAUCCGUCUGGAGAGGACAGAUUAAGGGCAGGUGACUGAGAGUUCAAGUGCCGCCUUGGAUUAUCCUGUCUGAGGCUGUGACUGAGCUUUGGGCAAGGGGGUGAACGCUGUCCCCAGUCACCCAUCACACUCUUCACCUGGCAAUGUGGGGCCACUAGGCCUUCGAGCCUCCACAGACACACACCCGACAGGGAAGGCUGUGUGCCCCCUCCCUGCCAACCAUCGCCUCUGAGGUCUUCCGCUCCUGACAUGGGCAGGGGCCCUGCCCGGGCAGCCCUCCCUCCCAGUACCGUGUUUCCCAUCCUUGCAUGCAGACCAGCCCGUGUCUUGGCAUGCCCACCCAGCUCACCACCGCUCUAUGUCUACCUCCACUGUGACCCCCAC